AGGUCCUGCCACUGAGUCCGGAGGCUGAGGUUUGUGUUUGGACAUUUCUGGGAAAACCUCCAAACUCUCAGCUUGUGCCAAAGGAGAACCUGCGCAGAGAGCACAAAGGCAUUUUCCUGUGCAGACUCAGUGCGCAUUUCUUGCAUUUAGUCGGUGGUUGCUCCUUCCCUGAGCCCAGAUGAUCGUCUCACAGCUUAUUGGACAUAAACAGUGCCGGAGGAUUAAGUGGAUACAUUCAUUUAUUAGGGUGUUAACGUACGCAGCAGUCAGGGAAGUGGAUUUCCCUCAGCAGAAGACAUGCUCUGAAACACAUUCCAACACAGCCUGGUAUGUUAUGUAUCACUGUAUGUCUUCAUCUGGAAUUAAUUGAUUAACAACCUCAAAUGCACUAAAAGACGCGCCAGCAGUGGAUCCUCUACCUUCCCCUCAGUGAGUUCAGCCUACUUUACCUGACAUCUCGCCAGAAUGCAGAGGGCUUUUGUUCUCACUUUAGCUCUGAUUUAUCUGCUGACUUGGACAAGUGAGGCCGACAAAGAGACUCGACUCAAUAGGGUGCAAUUACAAAGACGCACCAGACUGGGACGUGCCCAGCAGGGCUCAAUGGACAAGGUGCGCCUUGGUGGACGUUUGCGUCCCGGGUUCGGUUCGGCAAUCUCUGUGCACGGUUCCAGGAAGGAGGAUGAUGUGCAGGCGGACGAGGGUGUUCCACUUUCAUCCAGGACUGGGUCUGUGCAGGGCAAGAGGGCAGGAGGUCGAGGUGUUGGGCCAAGGAGAGGGCCUGCCGAACAGACCGGCCUGCCCCGCCAGCCUAACAUGCUGCAUGAAGAGGGCACUCCAGGAGCCAGAGCCAGGGUCACCCGGAUGCCCAGCGGCUCCGGGUCACCAAACCUGCUGGCCAGCUUCGCGGGGAAGAACCGGGUCCUGGUGAUCUCAGCUCCCCAUGAUUCAGAUGGCUACUACAGACUGAUGAUGUCACUUCUUAAAUCUGAUGUGUACUGCGAGCUGGCCGAGCGUCACGUCCACCAGGUGGUCAUGUUCCAUCAGGAGGGAGAGAUGGGUGGCAGGGUGAGGAGGAUCACCACGGAGGGGAAGGUGAUGGAGGAGCCGCUGGACACAGCUCUCAUCCCCAGACUCAUGAGCUUCCUCAAGUUGGAGAAAGGUAAGUUUGGGAUGGUGCUGCUGAAGAAGACCCUGCAGGUGCAGGAGAGGUACCCGUACCCUGUGAGGCUGGAGGCCGUGUACGAGGUGAUCGACCAGUCGCCCAUGAGGAAGCUGGAGAAGCUCAGACAGAAGGGCUUCAUCCAGAAGUGUAAAUCAGCAGGUGUGGAGGGCCAAGUGGCGGAGGGAACACUCACAGAGACACCAAUAGUAAGAAAACCAGGAAAGAAGUUCUUCAGAAAGCCGACAACAACAACAACAACCACAGCCGCCACGACAACAACUACAACUACCCGACCAACCACUCCAACCACCACCACCACAACUACAACACGACCCACCACUACUACUACCACAACCAAAGCAACAACAACCACCAAACCAACCACUACCACCACCAGAAGAACCACCACAAAACGACCCACCACCACCCAGAGACCCACCAGAGCCCAAACCACAGCCCUGUGGCUCCCAGCUCCCAGAACCACCGCUGAUCCUUACGACUACAACCGCAGAGAGAGGGAGAGGUACCCGGCUAAAACCACCCCGGCUGGAGACAACCACACCGACAAGGACAGCAGAGAUCCACAUGGACGCAGGCUCGUACCUGCCACACAUAGACCCUCCAAGAUCAAACCCACCAGGAGGAAGAACGGGGGAGAGAAGGUGUUGACGAAUGAGUACGAGGACAAGUACGAAGCGGGCAAGCCAACCGUCAGCGACCCGGAGGAGGCAGAAACCAUCACCGACAUCAGUCCCACCAAGAAGGUCAAGGGCAGGCACGAAAAGCACGACAAGAAGAAGAAAAAGAACGACAAGGCCGCCAAGAAGGCAGAGAGGAGGGGAGGAAAGGCAGGGAAGAUCGGAGGCAAGAAAAACGGAAAGAGGCCGUCUAAGUACCCGGAGAAAGAGGACUACCCGAAGCCCACUAAGAAGCCGACGCCCCCUCCAAAGGGAUCUCUGGCCUCCUUCCUGGACUACUUUGAAAACAGGAGGCGGCUGCUGCUGAUUACGUCCCCCAGUGAGGAGAGCAAUAUGUAUGUACAGCAGCGGGACGAGUACCUGGAGUCCGUGUGUGAAAUGGCCAUCAGGAAGGUCUCCAUCAUCACCAUCUUUGGCUCCCUGACCAACUCCACCAUGAAGAUUGACCACUACCAGCUGGAAAAUGACAAGCCUAUGAAGGGUCUGCGUCAGGAGGACUUGGUGAACCAGGAUCUAAUCACAGAGCUGAGGAAGGAGUUUGGCAUGACUCAUGAUGACUUCUACAUGGUCCUCAGCGACGCCGACAUGAGAGUCAAGCAAUCCUAUGAGGUUCCCAUCGCCAUGAAGGCCGUCUUCAACUACAUCGACACCUUCUCCUCCCGCAUCCGAGAGAUGGAGCAGCAGAAGAGAGACGGGGUCGUCUGCAAGAAAGAGGACAAGCCCAGAUCGCUGGAGAACUUCCUCUCCAGGUUCCGCUGGAGACGUCGGCUGUUCAUCAUCUCCGCCCCCAACGACGAGGAGUGGGCCUACCAGCAGCAGAUCUACGCCCUGGGCAGCCAGGCCUGCAACCUGGGUCUGAGGCACAUCGCCAUUCUGAAGCUGGCCGGCACAGAUCCAGCGGAUAUGGGCGGAGUCCUGGAACUCUAUCCCAUCAACGGGAGUGCUACUGUGGACCGUGAAGGGCUGUCAGGCAACCUGGUGAAGGACAUGAGGAACUACUUCCAGAUCAGCCCAGAAUACUUCUCCAUGCUGCUGGUGGGGAAGGACGGAAACGUGAAGUCCUGGUACCCUUCGCCCAUGUGGUCCAUGGCUAUCAUCUAUGACCUCAUAGACUCCAUGCAGCUACGCAGGCAGGAGAUGGCCAUCCAGCAGUCACUGGGUAUGCGCUGCCCUGAGGACGAGUAUGGUGGCUACGGCUACCAUCAGCACGGAUACGAACAUGGUUACCAGGAUGGAUAUCACCAGGGUUACGGGUACUAACCCCUCCCCCCUCUGCUCGGCACUAUCGGCCCUCUUCCUUUCACCCAUAACUUUUUUAAAUCUUACCCUCCCAUCCUCCAUCAGACAGGUUGGAUCAGAUGGAUGGAGGUCCUUGGAUGUUUUGUAGCACUUAGUGAAAGCCUCAAAACUGUUGCUUUCACCUCUCCAGAUCUUUGGUAAAUAUAUUAUAGUAUGCUGCAAGUAAUGCUAAUUUGCAAGAGGCUUUAAUCAGAGCCGGCUAGUCGGUAAAUAUGUAAAUGAGCUUGGAGGUUCAGAGAUCUGUUGUGGACUUAGUUUUUGUUUUUUUGGUUUGUAAUUCUGACUUCAAACAAAGAGUGUUUUGCACGUUUUCAUAUUUUCUGUCUCCUUCGUUUGCCUUCCAGGUCAAAAUUUACAUAUUAAUUUCAUCAGCACACCUUUAUUUUGUAGAUAACGGGCUAAAACAAGACAUAUAUGUAUUUAUUGGACAUCUGUUGCAUUUGAGGUGCAGUUAUCGAUUAUUUUAUGAAAAGAAGCUGUCACAUUAUUUCUCUUUUGUAAAGUUUCUGUUUCUAUACAAUGUUCUUAUUUAUACUCUAUUGUGCUAUAUGACAAAUAAACAUUUGUUUACUACCAGUAAAUGUCUGUGGAUUG